CAUAACCAACCGCUCAGUUUGCUCGGCCGAGGUCCCCAGCUUAGUAGCUGAAGCAAGUUUACCACGCUAGCCACUCGCCUUUCGCACGCCGAGACGCAAUAGUGGAGACCGAGAGAGCAUGUCCCGCCAAAGAUACACUCCUGACGAUGUCCUCGAGCUCGAAGCACCCACGGAGGCCUUCCUGUGUCCGCUGAGUGCCAACAAAUAUGGCAUUGAGUUCUUGCACUUCUCCAUUUCGGACUUCGAGUCCAAGCGCAAGAUUUUCGAAAUCGGUAAGGACCGACCAGGCAAGGCUGUACCUAAGAUGGAUAUCUCGCAUGCGCGCGGAGAGGGCGCGUACCGCACCAUUCGCUACGAAUUCUCUGAGGACGUGCUACGACUGCCGGCGAUCGCCACGGAGCUCGAGUUCUCUGUUGGCCCACACGAGGUGCAUAACCUGCGCAUGAUCGAGCGCCACUAUUUCCGCGACGAGAUCGUUAAGAGCUACGACUUUAACUUUGGUUUCUGCAUUCCGUCGAGUGUGAACACGUGGGAGGCCAUCUAUGCCAUGCCUCCACUGGACGACGAACUGAUCAGCGACAUGGUGGGUCAGCCCUACGCCACGGUCUCCGACAGCUUCUACUGUGUAGGAGACGUAUCUAAUACAUGCACAACAAGGCCCGAGUACAAAUACAUUCCAGAGGACAGAGCGCAGGCAAAGAAGUCUUACUAUAACAGCGACGACGAGGACGACGCCAAAAGCGGCGCCAAGGGGGGACCCAGUCGUGCUGACGACAAGGGAUCCGGCGCUAAGGGAUCAGGAGGCGCCAAGUGGUCCAAGGAGGACGAUUACGACUAA